UGCAGCCGUAUGAGCCACAGCGAUUGCAGAGGCCACGAUAUCUGCAACAGCUGCUCCAACACUUCCGCCCGCUGCAGCCUCAAAAUCAGGAUCGGAGCAGCCAUCAACAACAACAUCCAGAUCCGGCCAUCUCCGAGGAAUCGCUUCCAGCGCUGGUCCGUCUCGAAGAGGAGGAGCUGAAAAGAAAGAGACAGGAGGAAUCAGACGCCAGGCAAUUAAGAAGAAUCCAACAACAAAAUAUCAUCAAUCCGAACCCCGAAAGGUUCAACGGUUCGAUGAUAAAUUGCUUCAGGAAACGAUACCUCAGCGGCCAAACUCCCCGAGAAAGAAUAGUGGCUCUUAUCUUUGGCCAGCCACUAUCUGUCCAAAGGAUAAUCCUGCCAGAUUACGAGGGGGAUCCCGAUCCAGUGACGCAGCAGCAUACCCAGCAGCAGACUCAGCAACAGACGCAGCAGCAGACUCAGCAACAGAUGCAGCAGCAGACGCAGCAGCGGACCCAGCAGCAGACACAGCAGCGGACCCAGCAGCAGACACAGCAAAUUCUGGCGAGCAGCAACCUGCAGACGUCACAUUAUCGUUGCCAGACACGGGCUGCAAGCAGCAGCUCACGCACCCUGGACGACAGCCAUCGACGCAAUCCGCAAGAGGCACUUCUGGACCACGGACUGGAGCAAGUCCGACGGCGCCUUGAACGGGUGGUCGACGACGACGACGACGACGACGACGACGAGGACCACACGGCGUCACAGCCAGGGAUCGCCCCAAAUCAGCCAUUUCCACUGCCAGCUCCGACAGCGCCGCCGACGGCGAAGCCAGCGCCGACAGCGCAGCGACCGGCACCGUGGCAAACGCAGCGAUACUGAGACGCCAAUCCACCGACUCCGCCACCUGGUUGGAGGCACUUCCUCCAAUUCCUGGACCGGCUCCAGC